AUGGAUGGUAACCUGCAGAUGACGUACUAUGGUAAAUGGCAUAAUAACGGUAAACCGAAAGACAUUGUAGAAGGCUAUAGUGCUCCAGAAUGUUUCGAAUAUGGAUGGAUUCCAUGCGCAGCCAACGAUCUGUGGUCCCUCGCAGCAAUAGCGUUUGAGUUGCUAAGCGGUCGUGCACUUAUAAACGCUGCCCCACAUGGAGUAACGAGAUGCGAAGAGCUUCCGUUCCCAGACGAUAUAAAAGUUUCAUUUGAAGCAAGGGAUCUGCUGUCACAACUUCUCGCUGAUAUCGAUUCACGCCCAUCUUUGGAAACUGUUCGAGCGCACGCUUUUUUUCGAUCCAUUGACUGGUCACUGUAUGAUAAUCCUCAUUCGAUGCCUUUGAGCAAGGAUUCGGUAGCAUGCUCUUCAGCUGCGGAAUUGAGUCGUAGCCGUGAUUCAUGUGAAAGCGAUUCUGGUCUUCCUCCGUAUGUACCCGAUCUGCUGGACGUGGUCGUGGAUGAGGAGUGUGGAUGA